AUGAGGCAUAUGUUGAGCGUCUAUCUCUUAGGUGUGGUGUUGACCCUGCUCUCCAUCUUCGUUAGACUGAUGGAGUCCCUGGGGGUCUUACUGGAGAGCCCAUCUCCUGGGAGCUCCUGGACCACCAGAGGUCAGCUAGCCAACACAGUCCCCAAGAGCCUUCCAGACCAUCCAUCCAGAGGGGUGUGA